GCGUAUGUUUCGCUCAGUAAAGUUUUACGUUUCGUAAAAAAUAAAUUAAAAUGAAACUUGAACCAAGCUAGAUUUAUAACAAAAACAGUGUCUGACUAUCCGCCGGAAACCUAAGUCUAGUGCCAUUCUAUUAGUUUCUAUCACCGAAGUGCGUGCCCCACAUUUUAAAACGACGAAAGUUGUUAUUUAGAAAGAAAAGUGUGAUGUUAAUUUUAAUUUGUGAAAAAUGCGUGUUGUGAAUAGUUUGUUGUUAAUAAGUUAUUUCUUGUGUGUGUGCGGGGAUGAUAAUGAGAUUUCAAAUGAGAUUGAGUCAAAAAAUCAUUCGUUGGAGUUGACCCAAUCCUUGAACCUGGCACGACAGGAGUUGAUACAAGAAACAUGUUCGCGUUUUCCUCCACGAUGGAGCCUCGAUGACGUGCCACCGAGUCGUUUGGAGCACAUUUUAGUCGACGAACAUCGAAAACUUCUCUAUUGCUAUGUCCCAAAGGUGGCCUGUACAAAUUGGAAGAGAGUACUCAUGAUACUGGCCGGCAAAUGGAACAACACAAAUGUGCUUUCUAUCCCCGGCAGCCUAGCCCACUCACCCGGCAUGUUCAGAAACCUCAGUUCCGUGUCGAAACGGGACAGAGAUUACAUGCUGGAGAAUUAUCAUAAGAUGAUAAUAGUACGGAAUCCCUUUGAGAGGUUGCUGUCGGCUUAUAGGAAUAAGUUGGAAGGGGAUACACCUAGUGCUAAGUAUUUUCAGGACCGCGUAGGCCGUCGCAUCAUCAGAACCUACCGGCAGCAUCCAAGCAACGAGUCCCUAGAACUAGGGAAUGACGUCACGUUCAAAGAGUUCGCUCUGUUCCUGACAAAUCGGUCAGAAGAGCUGGCAGAUGUGGUGAAUAAUGAGCACUGGCAGCCCAUUACUAGUCUGUGCCACCCGUGCCUCAUCAAAUAUACUUUAGUUGGUAAAUACGAGACGUUAUUAGACGACUCUCUGCUCGCGUUGCACACCAUAAACGCGUCGCACGUGCAGUUCCCCCGGCUCGCGCGCACCUCCGGCACGGCCGACAAGCUGCGCAAGUACUUCUCGCGGCUGCCCUUGCCGCUGGUGAGGAGGCUGUACAAGCUGUACAAGCACGACUAUAACAUGUUCCAGUAUCAUCUGGAUAGCAUAGUCGGGUUUGAUUUAGGAUAGUAUUUUUGUUUAAUAUCUCUAGGAAUUUUGUCAAAUUAAGUGCUUCCAGACUUUUUUUAUGUGUGACGUAAUAUGUGGAUGACGCCUACGAACGCUUACAGACAUUUCAGUAGCUUAAAUGCAAUGUGAUAAAAUAAGAGCGCUCCCGUACGCACCCAUUCUACACGUUUUGUCUUGAAAGACGGACGAACAAACAGAUACACACACUUUCCCAUUUAUAAUAUUAGUAUGGAAGUAUGGAUAAGCUCUUCAUCAAUGCAACAUACACUUUUUAUGUGACUCCUCACUCCACUAAAAAUAACAUGACAAAGGAAGACCCGUAGUUCCAGUAGAUUGUUUGUUCAUGUAGCAUUAUUUCUAGUACUUAUGUUAAUUUACAUUACCUCUAUUUGUAUUCAUGUCUUAAUUGCCAGUUCAUUGUGUUCACUUUCUUUUCCCUGUGCAUAUAUAUACAUACUAUCAGAUACGCAUGGAUACGCAACUUUCAUAUAGUUUGUAGAUGUGACACUGCGUAAUAUAUUGUAAGUAUGUGUCUUAUUCAGCCUCAAUUGUAUUCAAUCAUGAUUAUAUAUUGAAUGUUAUCUAUCAAGUAGCCAAUCGUUGAUACCUAUUAAAACCACUUCAGUUCAUACAAGUUGAUUAGUUGUACACUCGCUAUCAAAUAUAUACUAGCGCCUGAGGUGCUCAAAGAUAUCUGUACACACGCUUUAAUCCCUUUGGCUGUUUUAGGCGUGGUCAGAUCGUUUUGGUUAUAAAUAGGGCCUAUUACAAUAUUCUAAUUUUACUUAUGUUUAAGUAAAUAAGUACUUCUAAGUAUAGCCUUCUUGAGCUUUCCGUGGGACUCAGUCAAUCUCUCUGUGAGAAGUCCUAUAAUAUUUAUUUUACUUAUUUACAUAACUAACAUAUUUCUUAAGCAAUCGUUACACAUUUUUAUAAUGUUGAAAAACAACCAAAAUAUCCAAAAUAGUUUUUGCUUCACGGCUGUGUUGCUACGUAGUUUAUGUUAAUAAUUUUAUUUAUUGUAUGUAUGUAUCUUGUAUCUUAAAUAUAAAUACUUAUAAGUUUAAAUAGGUAUGUAUAAGUUUUCAGAUAUAAGUAUGUUGCGUAGGUAGACUAGGUAGGCUAUAUAUAGAUAUAGCCUGGUUGUACCUAUAUGUAUUUGUAUACUAAAUAUUGGUAAGUACAUUUUACAUCUCAAUUGUAAACAAAUAUAAUCUAGUCCAGAUUUAGAACUAAAUAGGAUGAACUUUAUCUAAAAAACUAUUUUAAGUCUGUCGGGAAAUGAUUGUUUCAUAAUUAGCAUUAUAUUAAAUACCUACUCGUAUUUAGUUAUUUACCUUGUGUACACAGCAUAUAUUAAUGUUUUUGUAUGUAGUACAUAGUACCUAGUACCAUGAAUUGCAAAACAUUCAGUCCACCUACCUAUUAUAAUUCUGCACUGCACAUACUAAACUUGUAAAUGACAAACUGUGGUAGCGCACACACUGUAGUAGGUAUAUCAUAUUUAAUAACUGUACCAUAAAAUUAAAUGUGUAGUCGAUGAAAAGUAGUCCUUCAGGACCACUUGUGCGUUACACAUCCAAUACUAGUAUAUCAGGUUUAGCCAACUAACUGGCAAGUGGCCCUUUAUACUAUAUUUUUUCCUGAAAUGUUCCUAUUUGUCAUGCUAUUUCAGUCAAUGUCAGUACACCUUGUACUGAGACCGACAGAAAUAGCAUGACACGUUAGUACGUUUCCGUAACAAUACGAAGGCAAAUUUUUUCGCACUACAUCAGCACGGGA